AUAGAAAGAAAUCAUCGAUUAAAGAAGUUACUUGAAAUAGAGAAGGCGUGCCUUUUCCGUUUUUCGAACAUUUUGAAAACUGAAGCCAUAAAAUUCCAUAAAUUGGUUUUAGAGAAUAGAAGAUGGAGGGGAAAAAUGGAUUCAGUUUGGGUUGCUCUAAAGAGAUCAAUAAAUUGUCAACCAGAGCCAUCAGAUGUGGUUAAUCCAAACAGAAUCCGGGGAAGAAAGCCAUUUCUAUGUGGGUCUUGUUGUUCAAAUGCUAGAGACAUCAUUCAUGUAGACAAGAGACGGACAGAGAAGAAGCCGACCACCUGUUUGACGAAAGUCCCCUCUGAUAUUUCUUGUUCACUUGACGCGGGGUCUCAUGGCUUUUUUUGCCAUAAAUGUGGUGGAAAGUUCUCAGAUUCGGAAGCUGUUGAAUCACAUCAUCUCUCCAAGCAUGCUAUCAUUGAACUUGCUAAAGGUAAUUCCACCAGGAAAAUUGUGGAAUUAAUUUGCCAAAGAAGCGAGAUAAAUUCCAAAAACAGUUGCCAGGGGAUUGAGAGGGUUUUGAAGGUUCAAAACAUGCAAAGAACUAUUCAUGAAUUUGAAGGUUACAGAGAAAUGGUAAAGAUUAAAGCUGGGAAUAUUUCUGAGGAAAAUUCACGUAACACAGUGGAUGGAAAUGAGGUUUUGAUGUUCUAUGGUGCAGCUGUAGCGUGUUCCCUUGGCAUGAAUAGAACUUCAAACUUAUGCACACUGGAUCAAUGUGGACUGUGUAAAACUCUGAGACAUGGAUUCUCCCUCAAGAAGGAAUCCAAUGGAGUCAUGGGUGUUUUUACUUCUUCCAUAAGUAAAAGUGCUUUUGAGCAUAUUGAAGUUGAUAAAGAAAACCAGACUCUCAAAAAAGCGUUGAUAGUCUGCAGGGUAAUCGCAGGUCGGGUUCACAGACCUUUGGAAAUUUCUCAGGAAAUUCAGGAUCUAUCCUGUUUUGAUUCCAUAGCUGGAAAACUUGGUCCAGAUUCAGACAUUGAAGAACUCUAUUCACUGAAUUCGAGAGCUCUUCUCCCUUGUUUUGUGGUAAUCUUCAAAGUUCAAAUCCUUUAAAGUAAAAUGCUCAUUAAUUG